CCACCACUCUCCACCCGUCUGCGCCACGCGCACAGCCCAUGGAGACCCUUCCCGAGACCCUCCCUGCGCCCUUGGUGCAAUUGGAUCCUGCCACCGCUGCCGACCUCGUACCCGACGCCGCCAUCUCUGCCGCUGCGUGGUAUCACCAGGCGGCUGUCUCGGAAGCCCUGUUCGGCUCCUCAGGCGCUCGGGUCGUAGCCGCCCUCGCUGCCCACUAUCCCGACCACUUUGUGUGGGCAACACAGUUUUCCAACGUUCAUACCACAUUUGCGUUUACCGAGCCGGGCUUUGUGCUCGACGAUGUGGUUUGGCGUGGGCCGGAGCAGUACUUUCAGGCCCAAAAGGCGGCCCACGAUCCGCCGACCUACGCCGAUCUCGCGGCCGCCAUGGCCGAUGCCUCACCGGAGGAAGCCUUUGCACUCGGUCGCCGUGCCCCGCUCCGCGAUGACUGGGAAGAUGUCAAGGUUGAUGUCAUGCGGGUCGCUGUGGAAGCCAAGUUCCGCGCCGACGACAGCCUCCGGCAGCUCCUGCUCUCCACCGCCCCGCACGCCUUAGUCCAGAUCAAGCCGCACGAUCCGUUCUGGGGCACAGGUCGGGACGGAUCAGGAGCCAACAUGCUUGGCGAUAUGCUCAUGGAUCUCCGAGCCAAGUUGAUGGCCGAGGUUGGGGAAUGAGUGCGUGGCCGAGAUUGGGGAUGGGGUUGUGGAUGAGCAGGCAGCUGAGCAGGCAGC